AUGGGAACUCGUGGACUUGCCAGAUGGAAAAAAACUAUUGGUUUAAAAUGGGUCUACAAAGUAAAGUACAGUGAGGAUGGUUUGAUUCAAAAACAUAAAGCUCGACUUGUCGCAAAGGGUUAUUCUCAACAACCGGGAGUUGGCUUCUCAGAAAUUUAUGCUCCUGUUGCAAGAAUGGAGACAAUCCGUACAUGUGUAGCCAUUGCAGCUCAGUUGGAGGCACCCCGAGCGUGGAACAGCAAAAUUAAUAGCUAUUUCAUCAAGAAAGGCUUUAAUCGAAGUACAAGUGAAUCAUCUCUCUAUGUGAAGACUAUUGACAAAGAUUUCUUGAUUGUAUGUUUAUAUGUAGAUGAUCUCAUCUAUUUUGGAACAAAUAAAGCUAUGGUGGAAGAAUUCAAGAAUCAAAUGAUGAAAGAAUUUGAGAUGACAGACUUGGGACUCAUGAAAUAUUUUCUUGGCAUACAAGUUAAGCAAAGUCCAGGAAGAAUCUUUCUAUCUCAAGAAAAAUAUAUUGAAGAUCUUCUCAAGAAAUUUAAUAUGAGUCAAUGCAAGCCCCUCUCCACUCUUAUGGCGUUGAAUAAAAAUUUUCAAGUUAACGAUGACGGUGAGAAAGCUGACUCGACUAGUUAUAGAAAAUUGAUUGGUUCCUUAAUCUAUCUCAACACAAGACCGAAUAUCACACAUUCGGUAAGCUUGCUUUCUAGAUUUUUGAAUGAGCAAAUUCAAAUUCAUUUUGCAGCCGCAAAAAGAAUCCUUAGAUAUCUUAAAGGCACAAAAACUCAAGGCAUUGAAUUCAAAAAGGAAAGUAAAUGUAAGCUAGUUGGUUAUACAGAUAGUGAUUGGGCAGGCUCGAUUGAUGAUCGAAAAAGUACCUCCGGUUAUAUCUUUUGUCUUGGAUCAAAUGUAAUAUCAUGGAGCUCAAGAAAGCAGAAAUUUGUGGCAUUGUCAUCAGCCGAAGCAGAGUAUAUAGCAUGUAUUGAUGCAGCUUGUGAAGCUGUUUGGCUUCAAAGAAUUUUAAAGGACAUGAAGUUUGAGCAAUGUGAGCCGACAAUUAUUCAUUGUGACAAUAUGUCAUCUAUUGCAAUGACAAAGAAUCCUAUUUUUCAUGCUCGGUCCAAACAUAUUGAACUACGAUAUCAUUUUAUUCGAUAUUUGGUUACUCAAGAAGUAAUUUCCAUGAAGUUUAUCAAGACAGAGGAUCAGCCAGCAGAUAUCAUGACCAAAGUCGUCACGAUUGACAAGUUCGACAAAUUCAAGAAGAAACUCAAGAUUACUAAUUAA